AUGUCCGUGUGGAGCACUCUCUUUGUUUGUGCAGCACAAGUCCACCAGCGGAGUCUGCGGCAGACUCUGCCCUCUAGCAUACUUAUUUUCGGAUAUACACUGUAUGCAGUGCCCGGGAUACAGCAGCGGUGAAAGUUGUGCAGUUAGUGCUGUGUGCCUAUUCUUCUGGUGUAGAAGUACUGUUCAGUCUGACUGGGCGGGUCCUGUCUGCUCCAGUGAUGCGGUGAUUACUAUAGGCGUCGCUGCCUGGUAUGAAAGCAGUGCCCUGCCAGGCAUUCUCACUAAGACCAGUAAAAGAUGCAUUUUGUACCUGCCCGAGUGCCUGUCAGCUGCAGGCCGCAUUGCCCAUCUGAGACACUGGCUGCUCUACAUAACAUGGACUUGUGUGUGUCUUUUGUCUCUGGGUGUGCACGGCGUAUGGUAUUCUGUGUAUUGAACCGUCUGAUGUGUUGAUGUGCUGCUGUAUCUGUCUGGACACUCUUCAUCUGUAUGUACCCC